AAUAAAAACAUCCACAAAAAUAAUCCCCUGCCUUAAGGGUUGGUACACCCAUCUCAAAUUCUAGGGUUUUCAAUCCCCCUAAAUCUAACCCUACCUAAAAUUCAGAUCAAAUCCCAAAAUCCUCUAUUCAAUUACACAAUUUUUUGUUCAUUGUUCGAUAAAGUUCCAAUCUUUUUUGUUUUUUUUUUCGUGUGAAUUAUUGUUGAAAAAUGGCGAGUAGUGGAGAAGCAGAUUACGAGAGUGAUCCAGAGGAAGCGAAGUUGUCGUUGAAGAUGCGGAGGAGAGAAGCGAGCGAUGACGAGGAGGAGGAGGAGGAAGAAGAAAGGGAAUUGGAGGAGAAGAAGCAUGUUCGGAGAAUUGAAUCUGACGGUGAAUCGGAGGGACAAGGUGCAGCUGCCGAUUACGAUGAGGAGGAGGAAGAAGAAGAUGAAGAAGAGGAGUACGAUGAUGACGAAGAGUAUGUGGAGGAAGAGGAAGUGUAUGAGUAUGAGGAAGUAGGUGAAACGAAGGAAAGUGUUAAGGAGGUUGAGGAAGUAGUGGAAAGUGGGGAAGGAGCGAAGGAAGUUGUGGGAGAAUCAUUAGGGUUUGAUGAUGGUAUUGAGGGGAAUGUGCAGCAGGGGGAGGAGGAGGAGAAGAAAGAGAAUGAACCGUAUGCUGUGCCUACUGCAGGAGCUUUCUAUAUGCACGAUGAUAGGUUUCGAGACAAUGCUGGUGGGCGACAACAUAGGCGGACCUUUGGUGGAAGGAAGUUAUGGGAAUCCAGAGAUGAUCGGAAAUGGGGACAUGACAAAUUCGAAGAGUUGAGUGUGGAGGAGAGGCAUUAUCAAGAGGGUAGGAGGGGUUCAAGGGGUCGUUAUCGAGGUCGAGGUCGAGGGCGAGGGCCUGAGCGUGGAACUGUGCAAGGACGUAGACCUAAAGCAUAUGUCAAUGACAACAAUCCGAACAAUAAUAACAGCCAGAAGAUUCAGAAUAAUGCUCUAAAAGGCAUGAGAGGUCGGGGUCCAAGAAGGUAUCGACCCUCAUUUAAGGACAAUAUUGAUGCGCCCCCUCCACCAAACAAACAAUCUGGUCUGUCAGCGGAGAAACAUUCAUAUCAUAGCACAGCCAAAGCAACUGCUCCUGUAUCAAAUGUGGAAAAUGAUGCAGUGGCAGCUGCUAAGCAAGGGUUUGUGUCAAGCCUGAAUUCUGCUUCUCCUCCAUUUUACCCCUCUAGUUCCUCUGCUAAAGAGAUCACUAUGACUCACAAGAGGGAACUGCAAACUGGGACAAGUAGCCGCAGUGGUCACCCUUCUGCCUUAGGAGACAGUUCUACUGCUGCACAAUCAACUUCAAUGUUAAGAGGGAAGAAUGCCAGUGAUUCUGUGAGCCUUGAAAAACUUAAUAUUUCUGAUCAUAUUACUGCAGUAGCUUCGAAGGUUUCAUCAGGUUUGCAGUUGGCUCCUGGUUCCUCAACAAUGAGUCCUACUCAGUCACAGCCGUUGAGAGGCCAAGGAAGAGGAUUUAAUGCAAUGCCAAAUGUGAAUUACCAUUCUCGUGUAAUAAGCAACCAAUUCAAUCGAGUUUCUCAGCCAACAAAUCUCCCUUCUACUCAGAGGAAUCCUGUUCUAGGUCGAGAGCAACCUUCUUUCCAAGCUACGAGCCACCAGUUUGCUCAGCGAUCUGGUACUAGAUCUCAAGGCUCAUCUCCUCCCAAAACUGGACAAUCUAUCCCUGAAGCUGGAGAGUUUGAAUCUUCUUCAGAUUCAAGUAAAUCAAAGAGUGCUAUGGUUGCAAAAGGAAAAGGCACUAUCCAGAGCACUGGAAGGGGUUCAGUUCUUUAUGGAGGAGCUCAGGUUAUGGGUGCACCUGGAAGCAUGGGUAGUGGUGAUCAAAACUUUCCUGCGACACCAGCCUUUUUGCCAGUCAUGCAAUUUGGCGGCCAGCACCGUGGUGGCAUUCCUGCUGUUGGCAUGGCUUUUCCUGGAUAUGUUGGUCAGCCACAACUUGGUUUGGGGAAUUCUGAAAUGACAUGGUUGCCAGUUUUAGCUGGGGCUGCUGGAGCAUUAGGUGCAACAUACUGUUCACCAUAUAUUGCUAUGGAUGGUGCUUAUCAUGCUCGUCCAUCCGGGCAAAUAUCUUCUCUCGCUGCUCCAAGCAAAGAGAACAAUACCAGUAAACCAAAUAAUGAAGGCAAGCCCCAACAGAGACCAGAACUCUCAAAUGAUGACUUAGGCCAGCGUCAAAAGAAUCCUCGCAGAUAUACGGAGAUGAAGUUUGAUCAGUGAGCUAGUUUGUAGGUUGAAGCUGUUUGAAUAAGCAGAUUAAGGCCUUCUCCCAGACCCUAUGUUCUCCGAGUGUUGAUCUGGAGUAUCUAGGGCUCUCAUGUGUUGUGAUGUAUUUUAGGUUUACAUGACAAACGCCUGCUCAUGCUGCUUCACUUUCGGGGGCACACUGCAGCUUGACGGGUGGCAGUUAUUUGUUUAAAUAUGUGGUUCUUGUGGCUUGAUUUUUCUUUAACUGAAGGAAUUGAUAAAUGUUGAUGGGUUUCUUCAAAUGAUGAUGGAAAAUAAUGAUAAAAGUCCGGAAGCAGUUGCAUCUGUUUUCUUAUUAUGUGAAGUUUUUUCUCUUCUAAAUAGAUGAUCCUAGUGUCUUUUCAAGUUUUCUAUUAGUGGCCCAAGUUACUACUUACUACUGUUUGCUGGAUACUUUCAGGGCUUUGUCGUUAGAUAUAUUAUGUUAACAAGAGAGAGCAUUGCUUGCUCAGACGCUGAAUAAUAAAUUUUGUUUCAAAAAGACUUUGGUUUGUCCAAA